AUGGAUAGGAAGGUUCCAGAAAAAGCUGAAGUCUUUCGAGUAAUUUACAUGAUAUGGGGUUUUCUUCUCAAACAAUGGUUUUUUUUAAUCUUGGGGGUUUUCAUUGGACUCGCAUAUCGCUUUCCAGAAUUUGCAAAAGAGGGUGGAACAAUAAAAGCACAGUACAGUAUUGGAUAUGGCGCAGUAUCAGUGAUAUUCUUGAUCAGUGGUCUCACAAUGCCUUCGAAAGAUUUAUUUGACAACAUUUUACACUGGAGAGCACAUUGCACCCUCCUUUCUAUGUCCUUUCUCAUUACUAGUUCCAUAAUCUAUGGAAUAGCAUGCGGAAUCAAAGCUUCGAAUAACGACAACAUAAGCGACUGGGCAUUGGUUGGUAUGAUAGUGACUUUUUGCUGUCCAGUUACAGUGUCAUCAAAUAUUGUUAUGACAAAACAGGCUGAUGGGAAUGAGGCCUUGACAUUAUGCGAGGUCUUUUUAGGAAACGUCAUCGGUGCCUUUGUAACUCAAGCAUUGGUUCAGAUGUAUAUGAGGGGAGAAUGGGAUUUUGGAAACCCGACUCACCAAGAAGACGGAAAUAGUAAUGUCGAAGAAAUCUACCGACAAGUGAUGAAGCAGCUUGGUUUGUCUCUUUUCAUUCCUUUGUUUGUUGGCCAGGUGGUUCAAAAUAUCUUCCCUAAAUUUGUUGGGAAAAUCGUGUCACUGUUCAAGCUUGGGAAAGUGGGUUCCUUCAUGUUGUUACUAAUUAUGUAUCAAUCAUUUUCAACAGCAUUUGCUCAAAAUGCGUUCGAGGAAGUUACUCAUGCUACCGUUAUAUUUAUUGUGUUUUUCAAUAUUGGCAUUUAUUUAUUUUUUACAGCUCUAUGUUAUGCAUACUCAAGGCCAAUUUUCAUCAAAGGAGCAUUUGGAAUAGCACCUGAUGAGAACUCUACAAGGGUGUAUAGGUUAGGAUAUCGUUAUAUGAGAAAGUUUUAUUAUAACAAAAGAGACACAGUUGCGAUCAUGCUCUGUGGAGCAACAAAGACGGGUGGUUUAGGAGUAUCUUUAAUUUCUUCUCAAUAUGGAUCGGAUAACCCGAAGUUGGGUAUGCUUCUAAUGCCCCUCGUUUUGUUCUCGGUUGAACAGGUGAUUACAGCUCAGGUUUUAGUCAGCUUUAUGAGGAAAUGGAUACACCUGGAUGAUCCCAAAUUUGAUGAAGAAGCGUCUACGGAUGAAGCUGAAUCAAAAAAUGAAGAUAUUGAGGAAUAUGCACCUGCAAAUUCAGAUUCGAAGGAAAGUCUGACUGGGAGUCAAGAUUCAGCUGCCAUCGACAAGACAGGCAAUAUAUUCCGUCUGAAUUCUUCUUCUUCAGAGCCCAUGACAACUCUACCAAACCAGCAUUCAUAA